AAAUGUUAGGCCAUUCAUACUGUAAUGUAUUAGUAUUACAUGUAUUGUAUUGUAUUGAGUAUAGAGUGUAUGCUUCACAGUGUGUGUGUGUUUGUGUCAAGUGUUGAGCGCAUGUGUAAUGAAUGUCAUCUCAUAUGAUAUUAAUAUUUGAUUCAAGUAUUGAAUGUGUUGUAUAUGUUGUAUGUGUUGUAUGAGUGUGUGAUUUGCACCCCAUUUGCAGUUUAUAUAAGAGUCAGUCAGUGAGUGAGUGAGUGUCUGACCAGUGAUUAAGUGUAUGACAACUGGUAUGGCUUGUGAUGGACAACGAACAGCCACAUCAAGAACUCGUCAAAUGUGUGGUCGUCGGCGACACAGCUGUCGGCAAAACCCGACUGAUCUGUGCCCGAGCCUGUAAUUCACGGCUAGACCUGACACAGCUUAUGACUACACAUAUUCCUACUGUUUGGGCCAUCGAUCAGUACCGCAUACAUAAAGAGGUAUUACAGCGGUCGUGGGAAGUGGUAGAUGGUGUCAAUGUGUCAUUGAGAUUAUGGGACACAUUUGGUGAUCACGACAAAGAUAGACGUUUUGCUUACGGGAGGUCAGAUGUAGUGUUAUUAUGCUUUUCAGUUGCAAAUCCCAUAUCUUUACGAAAUUGUAAAGUUAUUUGGUAUCCGGAAAUCCGUCGCUUUUGUCCGAAUACACCCAUUGUUUUGGUCGGAUGUAAGAAUGAUUUGCGUUAUAUGUUUAGAGACGAAAAGUUUCUAACACUUUGUCGCGAAAGAAGUCCAUUCUUCAGGGCAAACCAUCUUUGCAGCAGAUUUCCUGAGAUCGGAAGACCUCUUAAAGAGACAGAUAUAUUGACACCAGAACAAGGAAGAAUGGUUGCCAAAGACAUUGAUGCGCCAUAUUAUGAGGCGAGUGUCUUCACCCACUUCGGCGUCAAUGAAGUGUUUGAAAAUGUCAUUAGAAUGGCAUUAAUAGCCAGAAGACAACAAAGGUUUUGGAUGACAAACUUAAAACACGUACAGAAAUCCUUAAUUCAGGAACCAUUUUGUCCGCCCCAACCACUAUCACCUAAAAUAGUUGUUCCCAAUUCACAAUUCGAACAACACUUGUCUUUAUUACUUGAAACCCAGGCCUACACUGAUAUUAUAGUAUCAAUUGGCAAGUCUGGUAUCUGUGCCCAUAAGGUUAUACUCGCUGCUGCUUCUCAAGAGUUUUAUAAGUUAUUAACAAUGGAUAUAACAAAUACUUAUGGAAAUGAAUUCUCAAGUAAUAGUAGUCCCGGAUUUUGGGGUCGAAGUGCAAGUGACUCGAGUAUUACCAGUUCUGCUACCGAUGUUUCUGUCGGUAAUUUCAAUACAGAUACGGAACAACUAUUAAGUACUUCACCCGCUGGAGGACCUGUCGAUAGCGGUCACACCAAUAAACUUUACACAUUUCGUGCCUCACAGGGCUCUACAUCCCCUUCAGGAAGCGAUUCAAUGACAGCAAAUUUAAAUGUCACUAAAAAGAGGUCCAAUUUUCGCAAUCAGUCAUCGGAUUUAUCUUUAUAUAGAACAGGUGUCCAUAAAAGUUUAAAUCAUUCACUAUUUCAAUCAAUUAGUGUAGAAUUGGGAGAAAAUGUAAUCGACUGCAGCGGUAGACUCGCCUCAAACGUCCAAACAGUCGUUGCAAUGACUAAUGCCAUUACUAUGGGUGCUAUCCAUAGCUAUAUUCGUUUUAUUUAUUCAACAAAACUAAGUGUUGUAAAUGAGACACCAGUUUCGGAGUUAUAUGACAUCGCAGAACUGUUAGGACUGCAGGAGUUGCAGGUUUUCCUCAGAAAUCUUGAAGAUCUUAAAGAGUCUGACAUAUACUUCAAUCAAACGUUUAUUAAUGAAUUUUCACAGAAAUUGAAAAGAAAUUUGAAAACCAUUUGUUUAGAUGAAGGAUUGUUUGCAGAUGUUAUCUUCAAGUUAGAAGAUGGAACCUGUUGUGGACAUAAAGCUAUUCUUAUGUCUAGAUGUGAUGUAAUGGAUGCCAUGUUUAGAGGAGACUUUAAAGAAAGUUUGGCUAAAGUGAUUCCAUUUCCCGGAGUCGUUAGAGAGACUUUCCGUCAAAUGCUUUAUUAUUUAUAUACAGAUGGUUUGGACACUAGUAUCACACAUACCAAUUGUCUACCUGUCCUCGAAUUGGCCAAUAGAUUAUGUUUAUCUCGUUUAGUCGCUCUAAUAGAGAAUCAUAUAAUAAACGAAUUAACUCGAAUCAGUGAAAGUGGUGACAUAACAGAGAUAGUGUUGAGACUGUUAGAGCCGAGUCAGAUACACAAUGCCGACCAACUGUCUGAGUACUGUCUCCACCAAAUAGCCAUUCAUUACAAUGAAAUUUGUCACAAAAAUACAAAACUCUUGCGUUCACUUCAUCCCGAAAACCAGGCGUACCUCAAUCGCAACCGAUGGCCACCCGUUUGGUAUCUUAAAGAGUUUGAUUACUUUGAGCGCUGUGUCCGUGAAAGACAAUGGCAAGAGAAGCCUAAAGGACUGAAAAGACAUCGACUUAAUAGUGGAUGUCUUUGUUUUUCGGUUAAAAACCGACGAAAUGAUUCGAAACAAGACAUGACUUGAUUUUAAUUUAUUAUAUAUUAUAUUAAUUAUA